AUGUGCCUCGUCGUCGCGCUCGUGUUCUGGAUCCUCGGGGACACCGCGGAGCGGUACUUCUGCCCGGUGGUGAGGACGCUCGCGGACCGAUGGAACCUCGCGCCAGCCACCGCCGGCGUCACGCUGCUGGCGCUGGGCAACGGCGCCCCAGACGUCUUCGCAUCGCUCGCGGCCGCCGCCGCCGCCGCCGGCGCCACCGCGGCGGCGGGCGCGAUCGUGAGCGCGGGGAUGUUCGUGUCCGGCGCGGUCGUCGGCGCCGUGGCGCUCGUCGCGGCGCCGUUCCCGGUGGACCCCCGACCCUUCCGGAGAGACGUGUCGUGCUACCUCGCGGCUGUCAUCGUCACAGCCGUCGUCGUCGCCGACGGUAAAGUGCACGCGUGGGAGGCGGCGGCGCUUCCGGCGUAUUACGUCGCGUUCGUGGGGUACGUCGUGUGGUGCGACGCGCGGACGGAUCCGGGGGCGAAGGAACCGUCGUCGACCGCGAGUCGACUCGUCGACCGCGCCCGCCGCUGGUUCGCGACGCGAUGGAGGGAAAGGGAAGGCGGCAGUUUUGGUUUUGGUUUUGGUUUUGGCGGUGAUUCGGCGCUUCGCCGCGCGCUCGAUGCGACGACGCUGGUGUGUCUCGUCGCGCCCCUCGAGGUUGCGCGCCGCGCGACGAUCCCAUGCGGGGAUCCCAAACGGUGGAACAGGUUUUACGCGUGCGCCAACGCUGCGCUGUCGCCGCUUUUGCUGACGCACCUGGUUGUUAGUUUUUCGGGGCUCGAGCUCGGGUUCGGGGGAUCCUUAGGGUCCGGGGGCUUGGAGUUCGCGGUGGGGGUGGGGAUGGCGUCGUUCGCCGCGGCGGCGGUUCUCUGGCGCGUCACCGCCGACGACGCGCCUCCGCGUUGGUGGGACGCCAACGGACUCGUGGACGCCGUCGCUUUCUUGUGCUCCGUGGCGUGGAUCGCCGCCGCCGCGCGCGAGCUGACGGAGUGCCUCGCCGCGAUCGGGGACGUUCUCGGCGUUACCCCGGCGUCGCUCUCGGUGACGGUGCUGGCGAUCGGGAACUCCCUCGGCGACCUCGCCGCGGACGUGGCGACGGCGCGGAGCGGGCAACCGACGAUGGCCGUCGCCGCGUGCUUCAGCGGGCCGCUGUUCAACAUGGCGGUCGGUUUGGGGGGGUCGUUCGCGAUCGCGACGUGGGGGCGCGGCGGAGAUCCGCUGCCGUUGGCGAUGCACCCGACUGUCGCCGUCGGGUUUGUGUUUUUAAUCGUCGGGCUCGUCGCGACUGCAUCGCUCGUGCCGAUGCGCGGGUACGUCGUCACGCGGGGGCACGGGUACGGUCUUAUCGCGCUGUACGUGACGUACAUGGCGUGCGCCGUGGCCGUGGAGGUUUUGACGGACGGCGGCGGCGGGGGGACGAUGAGCGAGUCGGCGCCGGCGAGAUGGCGAUGA